AUGGCUUCAUCCAGGAAUGAGGCAGAAGGAUGGACUUGCAGGCAAGGGGACAGAGUUGGAGAGCUGGUAGAGCCCGUGACCUCUCCUGAAAAUGGUAAUUGUCUUUCACCAGUGAAGUUUAUUGGCAGCAUAGAUCAUCUCUUGCACCUCCCUGGAAGAGCAGACUCUGCUUACAGCUCUUUCUCAGGGGGAUCAAAUGUCCCAGAGUGUCCCACCUCAUCGUGCUAUGGUGAAAGCUGCUGUUUGCCCCCAGAGCAGGUACCCUACAUGGACUCGGGAUACGUAAGAGGUAUUUAUAACCUCAGUGCAGCCAGCUCUGACCUCAGCUGCCUCCAUCCACACCAGGCACCAGACCUGAGCAUCCAGAAUAACCCUCACAGCACCGGUGUCACUGAACGCUGUGCAAGCACUCCUACCCGAGGGACUUUAAAUCAGGGGCCGCUGCCUCUGGCUGCACCUCCACCUUCUCCUCCCACGCGACUCGAUAGCUAUAAAGUCACGAGACACCUUGAAAACUCCAGAGGGAGAUGCAGCUCUGGAAGUCACAGUGAGUGUAGUGUGCAUCCAGCUCCUCGUGUGCAGGACAAUCACCUGGCAGAUAGGGAUGUACCGUGGAGUCAACCCAGGGAUGAUGUUACUGAGCAAGAUAUAGUUGCUGCUGGGAGAAAGACUCUGGAAACCAAGGACAUUUAUGCUUCUGAUUCUGCAAAUGAGGUAUCUAUAUCAAAAAUUCAGGGGUUAAAGAUGGAGGAAAAUGGAGAGUGGAGUCCAUCCCAACAGCCUGUAAAGAGAAACAAUCCAAAUAUUUUCAGCAGACCUUCUUCAUUCAUUUUUCAAGAAUAUUUAAAGACAGACUCUGUGGCCAAUGUCCCUAAAAUACUUUCUGCUUAUAAUUCAGUUCAUGCUUCUAAAAUUGCUGAAGAGAUGAAGUCCAGGUCCUGUCACCCAGUGCCUACCAACCCUAGCACUGUUAAUGAUAGACAAGAAGACAAACAGUGUCCCUGUGGUGUACGUAAGCCACCCCUCAGAGAAGCAGAUCUGCAAAGCUCAGUGCCAGAACCCAGCCAACACUGCCCACUCCGUGCCGAGUUGUGUUCAGACUUGGAUCAAGAUGUGUUUGAGGACAGUUGUGGCUUCAAAUAUAUGGAGAAUGCUCUUGUAAGUAAAAAUGCUUCCAGGAAACUGAACAGUUGUGCAGAUGAAAAGCAGUGUUAUGAUUCUGAAGGAAAAACUGGGAGUGAUGUUAGGGAACCACUCCUGAAUCAGCAAACCCAGAUGCAGAGAUCAUCACUGUCCUGCAGCUAUGAUGCUGGAGAAGCUGAGCACCCUCGCUGUGCAGAGGUGGAUCAAGGAAAUAGGCAGUGCUAUGAUAAUAUUAACCAAAUGUCUUUGUUCAGACCAAAGGAAGAUCCCACAUCUCGAUUUUUACAUGAAGUCAAGAAAGAAAACCAGGCUAACAGCAGCAGUCCUGACCCUAGCAGGCAUUUAGAAGAAGAGGAACCUCCUGUUCAGAAAUACCAACCUGAGUUUCAAAAACAGCUCAUAAGACAGCCUGGGGAUGAUCUUGCUGGUGAACAAAUAACCAGGCAGAUGACUCCCAUGCUUUACUACCUUUCUGGUGGGAAAACCACCGAUGUCCUGCACCACAACAAGCUCACCCCGUGUCAAGAGAACUCCAGGAGCUCACCAAUGGAAUUUCCAGGGAGCAGCUACUCUGCCUCAGCGCGGUGUCUGGAGAUACCAAGGGAAAGCAACCGGCUUCAAAGGACCAGCGACCACCAUCAGUGCAGUGCUGAUGAUCUCCUGCUCCAGAGUGAAGAUCUCAUUCUUGGGAGUCCUGCUUCCCCCACGGAUGAGAGUUUCAACAACGACUAUAGAGAGAAACUUAAAGUGGCUCAGAAAAAGGUCCUGAGAGAAACCUCCUUUAAAAGAAAAGACUUACAGAUGAGUUUGCCCGUUAGACUCAGGCAGAAACCCUCUAAAAGACCUUCAAUUGAACACCUUAGGUCUUUCUCUUUAUCCAGUGCCAGCGAGGGGGCUCAACCUGUUCCGUGUUCUCCUUCUCAGCUAGAAUCCUUGGAAAGUUUCAGGAGAGAUGAAGACAUUAAGCAGCCACAAACAGGUCGGACAGGGGGAAGGAAAAGGGUAACAAAGGAGCAAAAGAAACUCUGUUACUCUGAACCUGAGAAACUGGAUCAGCUGGCAAACAGGGAAGUAUCGUGGAGUCAAGUCAGGGAUGAAAUCACUGAGCAAGAUAUAGUGGCAGCUAGGAGGAAGACUCUGGAAAACAGAGGGAGAGCACUUUCCAGUUCAAGUAUCUCCAAGACGGAGCUGAAACAAAUCCAGCAUACUGCACUUCUGGAAUACAUGGAGAGGAAGAUUAAUCAAAGACCAGGGAGUUCACAUCACCCCCCGCUGCAUAAACCGCCCCUGCAGAAGAGGCUGCCGCACCCCAGGUGGCCUCCUGGCAAGGUUUGCAAUCCAAACGGGACCAGGAAGGUGCAAAACAAUGAGGUUUUCUGCCAAGUUUUCUCUGAAGAAAAAUCACUAGAUGUUUUUCCUCCUUUGGCUUUUGUUCCCCCGCUGAGUGUGACCAGCCGGCGUGAUCCCAGCUCUGCCGCUGCUGGUACAGCGACCUCAAAGCACGACCCGUCUCCCCGUGAAGCAGAUGGGAGCUGCACUGGCAAGUGUGCAUCUGCUGAAAGUCUCCCACAGUCAGACCCUCCUGUGUCAGGAAGAGCUCGUGAGAGAUCAAAAUCGACUCCUACUUCCACACAGGACACGUACAGAUGUGGUGCAGUGGAACCAUCUCAGCCUUGGGAGAGCUGUCUUGUCACCCCCAGUUCCCAUGAUCCUGAGAAAGAUGGAUGUGAGAAUCACAAAUAUAAAAGCAGUGAGAUAAUUGGACAUGCGUGUUGUGAGGAUACUGAGGAGCUGACUCCUGAAACCUCUGUUCCUAGCCCAAGAAGUGGAAGCAAGGAAGAUGCUCAAGUGGAGGAGGAACGCAGAACUGAACCUCUGAACAGCAACACUUUAAUAAAGAGUCCAGAGCAGCAGCCUGCAGCUCCUCAGGAGCAAGUGACGUCCUGCCACACCGCGUUAGCACAGCCUCAGCAAGGAGACAGAGACACAGCCAGAGGUUUAGUUGCAGAGGACAUGUCCAUGCACAACAGCCAAGAUGAUAUUGUCCCCGAGAGAGAGCCAGGUCUGCCCAAAAGGAGAUUGUGGUCUCCUGACGACCAGCGGUACGAGGAACUUGCUAUGGAGAUCAUUGCCAAAGACAAUUCUCUGGUUGAUAUUCUCAUGCCUCAUCCUGUUAGAAGAACUGCUUUAGACCUGAUGGAGGGUCUUUUUCCUGUUGACAUUUCCAGGCUGGAUAAAUCACACAGAAAAAAGGGAGACGUGUGGCAUGCAGAGGAGAGUGACAGGAAAAGUACUAGAGACGCAACAGGAGAAUGUCCUGAAUCAGAACACGAUGCCAAGCAAAGGAGUGAACAUCCUACCUCUAAGGGAAAACAAGUCCUCAACAGGAGCAGAGACAGCACAGAUGACCUAGAUGACAUCACGUCUAAAAAACUGGAACUGAUCUCCAGCCUCCGGUCAAAGCUGCAGACCCUGUGGGAGGAAAGGGAGCUCGUCCUCUCUGAAGCCAGGGAGUGUGCUGAGCAAGGCGAGGAGCUGGAGGCAAUGGUGCGGGACGUCUGCAAGCCCAACGAGUUUGAACGCUACAUGAUGUUCAUCGGUGACCUGGAGAAGGUUGUCAGCCUCUUGCUCUGCCUCUCCAGCCGCCUUGCCCGAGUCCAAAAUGCCAUGAAGAGGGUCGAUGGCAACACAGAUGCUGAGGAGAAGCAAUCGCUGAACGAACGGCACAAGCUUUUGUCUAGACAGCGGGAAGACGCAAAAGACCUGAAAGAGAAUCUAGACCGUAGGGAGAGAGUGGUCUCUGGUAUCCUUGCCAAAUACCUGACUGAGCAGCAGCUCCAGGACUACCGACGCUUCGUUCAAGUCAAGACCUCCUUGCUGAUUGAACAGAAGGACCUUGAAGAGCAGAUUAAGUUUUUCAAAGAACAGUUAGAAAAUCUGGAGAAGAGCAUCCCCCUCUAA